ACAGCGUAUGCUGCAACAAGUAAAAUUGGUAGGAGUUGGAGGGACUGAGAGAAGCCGUGCUGUGAAAUGGCGGUAGCAUCUUCCUCGUCGUCGUCGUCGUCAUCGCCGGUACGGUGGUGGAGGACGGCGUUUCUGACCGUGAGAGACGAAACCCUAACAACUCCUCUGCGCAACCCAAUCCCCGAACUCCUCCACCAUUUCAUCUUCUCCCAUUCUCACACUCUCCUCUCCGCCGCUCCCUCCCUCCCUCCCCAGGAAGUUACCUCCGAUUUGCUGUUCGUCAUGGAACUCAUCACCACAAGGCCUCACGGCAUUGAAGACAUGACCCCUACCUUCACUCACACAACUCACUUGAUCCACGACAUCUCCCAUCGUCAUCCUCUUGAGAUCAAUUCAGCUUCGUGGACUCUCAUCCUCGACGCUUUUAACAAAAUGCUUCGAGUUUUCGUCAGCUCUUCGACAUUCACACCCGUUAUGGAAGCUCUACAGACCCUAAGACGUGUUAUGAGCACGUAUCAGAGGAAGUGUUCGACGGCGGAUGAGAUUCAGCUGGUAAAGUUCCUUGUGCACAUCAUUGAGAGCUCUCAUGCAGAGCUGAAUAGCUCAUCACACUCAAUCCGCAGCCAAAGCUCUGUUCUUGAAGCUGGAAAGAGAAUGCCACUGUGGGAAAAUCAGACCCUUGCAUUUACUAUGCUUGGAGAGACAAUCUCUAGAGUUGGCUCAUCCUUGCCUGUGGACAUCUGGAGAUCAACGAUUGAGGUUUUUAGGAAAGUGAUGGAUGGCUUGGCAGCUAAAAGCCUUGUGGAAGACACUGCUAUGUCCAGGUUUUAUUUAUCUCUUCUGCAUUGUCUGCAUUUGACUCUCGCAGAUCGUAAGUGUUCCCUUUCUGACCACGUGUCAGGUUUUGUGGCUGCUUUGAGAAUGUUCUUUUCCUAUGGCAUUAGUAGUAGAACUCAACUUACGUGUCCAGUAGUUGGUCAAAAGGAGAAGGAACUUAGUUUAGCGAGCCUUAAGACACGUUUGGAAGAUCCUAAAAAGACUGAUCGUACCCCAUAUAGGCCUCCACACCUACGCCAAAGGGACAGUUCAAAUACAAAGCAGACUGGAGCUCGGGGUUCUCAAAGUUUAUCAGAUCAUGAAUCUUCCGCACUUGAUUUUGCAUCAUCAGAUUCAGAUUAUAGUGACAAUGAUGGAUCAAUUAAAGAGACUGAAAACAUUCAAAAAUCAAAAGUCAGAGUUGCUGCAAUAGUUUGUAUACAGGAUCUUUGUCAAGCUGAUUCCAAAUCAUUUACUAGCCAAUGGACGCUGCUUUUGCCAACAAGUGAUGUACUACAACCUAGGAAGUAUGAAGCAACACUAAUGACAUGCCUGCUAUUUGAUCCUUAUCUAAAGGCACGGAUUUCAUCUGCCUCAACCCUGGAAGCAAUGUUGGAUGGUCCAUCUUCAGUUUUUCUGCAGGUAGCAGAAUUCAAGGAAUCUUCUAAACGUGGAUCCUUCACAGCUCUUUCAAGUUCCCUUGGACAUAUACUCAUGCAGCUUCAUACAGGUAUUUUAUACUUAAUUCAACGUGAAAGUCAUAGUAGAUUGAUGGCAUCCUUGUUCAAGAUUCUCAUGCUUUUGAUAUCAUCUACACCAUAUUCAAGAAUGCCUGGAGAAUUGUUGCCAACAGUUUUUACAUCUCUACAAGAAAGGAUAAAAAAUGGGUUUUCAUUCAAAAGUGAUCAGACUGGUCUGCUGGCUUCUUGUAUUAGUUGCUUGACAACAGCUCUGAAUAUCUCACCGUCUUCACUGCAAGUUAAAGAAAUGCUUCUGAUUGAGAUAUCUAAUGGUUUUGCUGAGGCUAAAAAGAAGUCUGGUGUUCUUUGUACAUUAUUUCAAUUUUCAGAACAAGUGACCAACCCAACGAUAUGCUUUGAGGCUCUUCAGGCUCUUAGGGCUGUUUCACACAAUUACCCAAGUAUUAUGUGUUCCUGUUGGAAACAAAUUUCCGCCAUGGUUUAUGGUCUUUUGAGGGCAGCUACACCUGAAGUUCCUGCAGGGUCUUGGAAGGGGCAUACUGGAAAUUUUGUUGGAUUUAUUGGGGAAAAAGUCAUUACAGCUGCUAUUAAAGUUUUGGACGAAUGUCUACGUGCAAUAUCUGGAUUUAAAGGAACUGAAGACCCUUUAGAUGAUAAAUUACUUGAUGCCCCAUUUAUUUCUGACUGUGUAAGGAUGAAGAAAGUUUCAUCGGCUCCUUUGUAUGAAUCAGAGAGUUCAGAAAAUACUAGAGAUGAACCCACAUCAAGUCAAUCCGGAAAUGAACAGUGGUGUGAGGCAAUUGAGAAGCAUAUGCCUUUGGUUCUACACCAUACUUCUGCAAUGGUGAGAGCUGCCUCGGUUACUUGUUUUGCUGGUAUAACUUCUUCUGUCUUCUUCUCAUUCUCAAAGGAAAAGCAAGACUUCAUUCAUUCUAAUUUAGUUCGUUCUGCUGUAAAUGAUGACGUGCCUUCAGUUAGGUCAGCUGCUUGUCGAGCCAUUGGCGUCAUUUCAUGCUUUCCUCAAGUUUCUCAAAGUGCAGAGAUCCUUGAUAAGUUUAUUCAUGCUGUUGAGAUUAACACUCGCGAUCCCUUGGUCUCGGUGCGAAUAACUGCUUCUUGGGCUGUGGCAAACAUAUGUGAUUCUAUUCGUCAUUGUAUUGAUGAUUUUGCCUUGAAUCAGUCUGGAGGUUCUCCUGAAAUCUCUAAAUUAUUCACAUUAUUAACUGAGUGUGCUUUGCGUCUGACUAAGGAUGGAGACAAGAUUAAAUCAAAUGCUGUAAGGGCUCUAGGGAAUCUUUCAAGAUCUAUCAAAUAUACGAGUGAUAGUGACAGGACAAUGGACAAUAAGGGCUCAUCUCUAAAGAGCACUAAACCUGAGGAAUUACCGUCAAGCAAUUACAGGGCGGGAAGCCAACAAGAUGUAUCAAUAUCACGCCAUCCAGCUUCUUUGGGAGAUUCAUGUUGGCUUGAAAAGGUCAUUCAGGCAUUUAUUUCUUGUGUUACGACUGGUAAUGUUAAGGUCCAAUGGAAUGUUUGUCAUGCUUUGAGCAACCUGUUUCUGAAUGAGACAUUAAGACUGCAAGACAUGGAUUGGGCUUCGUCUGUAUUUAGUAUUCUACUACUGCUAUUACGUGAUUCUUCGAACUUUAAGAUCAGGAUCCAAGCUGCUGCUGCUCUGGCGGUGCCAGCAUCAGUACUUGAUUAUGGGGAAUCCUUCUCCGAUGUCAUCCAGGGUCUGGUGCAUAUAGUAGAGAAUCAAGGUUCAGACCAUAUUGCAUCACCAUCAAAUUUCAAAUAUAGGGUUGCACUUGAAAAGCAGUUGACCUCAACCAUGCUGCAUGUUCUUAUCCUCGCUUCAAGCUCUGAUCAUGAACCCGUCAAAGAUUUUCUUGUGAAAAAAGCCUCAUUCCUUGAAGAUUGGUUCAAGGCACUGUGCUCGUCACUAGGAGAGACAAGUUGUCAAGCUGAAGUUGAAAACGAUAAGUUCAUCGAGAAUCCGAAGAAAGAGAUGAUACGUAACGCAAUUGGGUCGCUAAUUCAAUUGUACAAUUGCAGGAAGCAUCAUGCAAUUGCGCAGAAAUUUGACAAGUUAGUGAACAGCAUCCAGUGAGUUCUCUCAGUUACGGGAAAUGCUGCUCUUUGAAGACAAAUAUUUAAUUGUGAUAUGAGAUUGUAGGGAAGCACCGUCGGGCGGCUGUUAGACAUACGGGGUGCUCGUCAUGAUCAUAUGCUAAUUAGGUUGUAGCUCUCUCCUUUUCUUUUUUUCCUUAUUUGGUGCCUUUUUCUUGGGUAUGGGUAUGGAGGGGGUUGGUUAAGAUCCUAAAUAGGUGAAAUUUGUUGUAUUGUAGUGCAUAUAUAAUAUUAUAGUUGUCCUUUAUUUAAUUUAUGACCUUAUUGUAUGGUUUCUGUGGACUAAAAUAUAGAAGUUCCUUUCGGCUACAAAUUCUGAAAGUUUAGAAGCCAGCCAUUUCGGUGUCAGUGUCAACAAAUGUAUAGUGCUUGGGUGACCUUUGGAUAGUGAUUUAAUGAUUACUCAUUCAAGCU